UUGAUUAAGCAGAGAAUGUGUCUAUUUUAGAGCAUUUCAGAGAUUUCGGGAAAUGGAGCCCAAAAAAGUACCACAAGUGAUGACUUGUGAUGAAUCGCAUACAGUAUCCAUUCCGAUGGAUAAAAUCGAGAAAAUGGCAGAAUUGAAGGAAAACCCAUUUAAGCAAAGAAUAUGUAAAGUGUUUUCACACGACGGCAGUGGAGACAUGACUUUUGAUGACUUCCUGGAUAUGCUGUCAGUGUUCAGCGAACAG